AUGAUAGGUAUUUCGACCGCUGCACCGACGAGGCGACAGAAUUGGACUCGCCAAACCUUAGUUGGAGCACAGGUUCAGGCGAAAGUCAACAAGAACCCCUGCCAAAAGAACAAUCGACGACGACGCCGCCGCCACCUCUACUUCCGCCCCUCGCAACGACAGCGUCUGCUUUCAUGGGCCAUGCGCACAAAGAUGCCCAUAGGGGCUUCCCUCACCUCUUCAGAGAUGCCUAAACCAACGGGCAUCCGGCAGACACGCCUACCCAAGCCAGCACCUCCAACGGGGUGGGUCUGUUCUUCGGAUUCGCCGAAUCAAUUGCAGUCUCUUUUCAGGAGGUCCUACAGCACCGAAAUUCGCCAUCACUACUGGAGCAAACUGGUGAUGUGUGAUCGAAGUUCAACAGCUUUGCGUCACCCCGAUUCUUCAGCAAUCGGAAACUACGUUCACUGCUACGAUUCAAGUCGUAACUUGUGUUUUGUUGUUUGUCAGGUUCAAUCAGCCCCGUUUGACAUGGGCUUUCUGCUUUCAACUUGGGAAUGCCCAUGUCUCGUGUCUGCGGUAGCCGUCACAAGGCUACAGAGUGGUGAAGCAAGCAUUCCAGACGCGGCACCGUCUCCGGCACGCCUGACAGUUGUCUACGCCAUCGUGCUGGCACACUCACAAGACGUGGGUGGGCGAGUUUGUGUGUGCUCUGUCACUGCUCUUCGUCGACUGCCUCCACUCUCCUCUUCACUCCCCUAA